AUUAUAUGUACUUGUCUUGAGCCCGAAAAUGUAAUUUAUUUCUCAAACAGAAACAUUGGAUGUCCACACCAAAUGUCUACAAGAAACAGUGCUUAACCAUGAUGAUAGGAACACACAAUGGUACCUUUCACUGUGAUGAAGUCGUAGCAUGCUGUCUUUUGAGACAACUAGAAGAGUACAGAAGUGCAGAGAUUGUGAGAACAAGGGACCAAAAUCUUCUGGAAAAAUGCGACAUAAUCGUGGAUGUAGGUGGGACAUUUGACGCCUCAAAGAAGCGAUUUGACCAUCAUCAAAGGUCGUUCUCUCACACAAGGAAUAGUCUUUGUCCAGAGAAGAAGUGGGUAACAAAGCUGAGCAGUGCAGGACUCAUCUAUCACUACUUUGGGGCGAGGGUAAUUGCUAGUUUGAUAGGGGCUCACGAAGAUGAUGACAUUACUGGUAUCAUUCAUGACAAGAUAUACGAGAACUUUAUUGAAGAGAUCGAUGCAAUAGACAAUGGCAUAAACCAGUCGGAUGGCAUAAAGAGGUAUGCCAUCAGAAGCACACUUAGCUCCAGAGUUGGAUAUCUUAAUCCCAUGUGGAAUGAAACAAAUCGAGAUGAGCAGGCAGGCUUUGAUAAAGCUAUGGAGCUUGUGAGGGAAGAGUUGCUAGACCGUGUACUGUAUUACAAAGAUGUGUGGUGGCCAGCUAGGGAACUAGUAGAAGAGGCAUUGCGUAAUAGAAUGGAGGUAGACUCUAGCGGUGAGAUCGUCUGCUUCGCACGAGGAGGAGUACCAUGGAAGGAACACUUGUUUGCACUUGAGGCCAAGCUUGGGGUAGAUACUGGUGUUAAGUAUGUACUCUAUAAAGAUGAUUCCGGCCGGUGGAGAAAUCAGUGUGUACCCCUCAACAACUACACAUUUGAAAACAGGCUGUCGCUGCCCGAGGCAUGGAGGGGUGUACGUGAUGAAGAGCUCAGUCGGGUGAGUGGCAUCCCUGGCUGCAUGUUCGUACACGCGACAGGCUUCUGCGGGGGCAAUAGCACGUACGAGGGUGCCCUUGCCAUGGUGAGGAAGUCGCUACAGAUGCAGAGUGAUAAAGUUGCCGAGACGUCAAUGCAGAAGUAGCAGGCACAACUCCGGCAACGUGAAUGUUUUGUAAUCGCAUCUACGUAUAUACGUACGCGUGGCAUGCACAGCAACGACUUCGCGGCUCCCUCCAUUCAAUUCGAGCACACCAUAAAAGAACAUUUCUAAGUAAAUAUGAGAGAAUAAGUAGCUAACAUUGGAUGAUUAGAUAUACUGAGUAGAAAAAAAGGUGAUAAAUACCUCUUAAUGUAAAAUGGGAUAGAAAAUCAUGAUCUCAAAACAUUCAAGACAGGACAGUCGAAAUAAACAGGGUGGUCCACAUGCAAUGGCUGGUAUAGCAAUAAUUUUCUUGAUAUUCUAGUUUACUAUCCACGUAUUACUGACUGCUAUUUCUAUUCAUGUCCAUUUAUGAAACAAUGUCAUGGACAUGUGUUGUGUAUAAAGUAUGAAUGUAUACUGUGUAUCAAACUGCAAAAUUAACAUUCUUUGAUUGGUAGUUAUUAGCUGCGUUCAGACGACUCCGUAUUUAUUAAAUUCGGUAUUUGCGAGAUACCGAAUCUGAGACAAAUUCGCGACUUACUCCACCUGAGCGUUCACACGCUGUUUCGCGGCUUCAGA